UAGCCUGAUAUGGAACCUCUUCGUGUUCUCUCUAGUCGCAUAGGAUGGAGAAUUAUGUCUUUGAAAGACAGCUUAACGGCUGUCGUUACUGGAUCUUGGAAUAAAGAUGAAGACAACUCAUUCCUGGCUGUUGCAAUUGCCGACUUUACUCAUCCUUCUGAUAGAUUCAUACCCACAACGCGAAGAGAACUAGUCGGAAGACUUAUACAGAAAAACGAUAUCAUUGCAAAAAACGAGGAGGAAAAGUUUGAGCAAUUUGCUCUUGCUCUGGAUGGAGUUCUUACGUCAAGUCAUCACCAGACAUUGACAGACUUGAAGCAAUAUUAUGAUCCUCUUGAUCCGGACAAAGACACUGUGUCACCUCGGAAGGUUUUAGAACGAGACAGACUUGAUAGAGAAUUCUGGCUAUUGAGAGGCCUAGAUGGAUUGACUUGCAAGGCAAGUUACUAUGAGUUGCCAAGAAGUUAUCUGAAUGGUCUGCUACAAGAGCACAGUACAGGAGAAGGUGUGAAGGUUAGUGUGAACCCAAAUAACUACGCAACUCUCAGAGUAUGGGUUAGAAGCCUGCAAGAUGAAUCACGUCAGACUGCUUCUCGGUAUCAACGUGUUUUUGGUCAAGUUGUAGAUGCUACACGGAAACAAAUGGGCCACAAGAAAGAUGGUCUAUCAAACCAUAUGUACAAACGGGUCGUCCUGGCAGUAAGACACAAAGCUGCAGAGAAACUUAUUUUGAAAGUGUUUAAAGAGGUUCGUUGCAGUCGUCUGGAGACUCUACUUCCGAAUGGAAAGAUCAAGAUGAGCAAUGGCAUGCGGGCGUUUCUCAUAGCUACAGCUGGUGCAGCUGCUCUUGGUUUAGCUGUCAGGUCCUUUUCAUACUUAGGUGGCAUGCAGUGGUCCUACCUAUUGUUCUUCACUUCUUCUCUUGUUGGUUUGAGGAUCUGGCUCAGUUACCGCAACAGGAGAAAUGCAUACUUGGUGAGUCUUUCUCGCACUCUGUAUUACAAAAGUAUUGCUCACAACCGUGGAGUUCUCACAUUGCUGGUUGACCGUGCAGUAGAUGAGCAGUUCAAGCAAGCAAUACUGGCAUACGUCUGCCUUCUUCCUACUACAGAAGAGUCUUUGCUCUCUUUUCGGUCUGGUAAACCUUUAGAUGCACGAGAUCUCGACCACAAGGUUGCUGGAUGGUUGAAGGGAACAUAUGGUGCUCCAGACAUAUUCAACUGUACAGAGGCAUUGAAAAACUUGGAGAUGCUACGUCUCUUGAAACGCGAUGAGAAUGGUCAAUUGUCAGUGUUGCCAUUAGAGCAGGCUCUAAUGAUUCUUCCCAGCAGCCCAGUUUGCUUCAGUAGGUGGCCUCAAGCUAGCAUAGAUGAAGAGGAUGAAAAAAUUGAGCUGACUGGACAGACAGAUGUAGGCAAGCAAGAAACAGGCUGGUCAUAAAUAAUACAAAGUAAACGGAUAGAAAU